AUGCAUAUGACAGACGAAAAUAUUUUACGAAGAGUGAAAAUUGUAUUCGCCCUAAUUGUUGAUUCGUUGCGGUUAAUGAAUUUUCAAUUGAUUAGCAAAAAGAAAUACAUUUGUGACAUGGGAAAUGAGGACCAGAAAGAAUUAACGAUGAGUGCAGUUGUUGAGAAGUUUCUAAGCCAUUAUAAUUCACAAGAUGUCUUUAGUAAGUCUUUGAACUAG